AAUGGUGCAUGCGCCAAUGAACCAACCUGGAUUAAAUGGCCGACUCUAACCUCCCCUUUCACUGCUACAAUUUCCUUAGGCAUAUAGAAUUUCUCUCCCUUUUCUCUGCUCUAUGCUACUUUUCGUUCUAGCAAGGGUCAAUUCUAUUGCAUACUUUUGUACUGGUAGCGGACGUUGGUGAUUUGAAGCACCCCACCUGCGCCUCAGCCUCUUGAUAUCCAAGACAAAUAAAUCAACUUGAACCAGCCUGACUACUGCACAACCACUGCCCACUGCCCAACAACCAUCAACCAACAAGCGGCCACUGUGUCAGGUGCUGUGUACACAACAUGAGCAAGCGACAGUUCAAGACACAGGCCUCCAGCAGUCGAGCAUUACCUAUAAAUAAAGGCUUUGGAGGCUUUGGCGCCACCCCACCUAGCACGCUAUCUUAUGUUGCGGAACUGCCAGACCUGAGCUCCAUUUCCGAUCCCAACAUCGUCGUCGCGUUCAAGAGUCUAUCCAAGGCAGAUGGCACCACCAAAACCAAGGCGCUGGAUCUUCUGGACGAGUACAUCUCCAAGCAGGGCGAUGGCGAUGGAGGGGUAGAAGAUCCGGUCCUCGAGGCGUGGGUGUGUAAACGGAAAGCCACUCUCUCGUCUCAAUUGACCCUAACUUUCUUGCAGGUUCAAUACUACCCCCGUCUGGCCAUCAACAACCACCGCCGAGUUCGUGAACAAUCCCACACCCUUCAAGUCAAAUUGCUCAAGUCGGCGCGUAAACGAAUGGAACGACGUCUACCUGAUACCGUGGGAAGCUGGCUCGCAGGAUGUUUUGAUAGGGAUGGAUCCGUAGCAAGGGCUGCCCAGUCCGGGAUCAGCUCAUUUCUCAACACGGAUGACAAGGUGACGUUGUUUUGGACGCGGUGUCAAAGCCAGAUUCUCGAUUAUGCUCAAGAAGCAAUGAAUGAGACCUCACAAACAUUGAGCGACGAGCGUAGUGUCAGUGCCGAGGAUGCCAAAUCUCUAUAUCUCAGGGUCAUUUGUUCUAGUAUCUCGCUGGUGGCCAAUCUUCUGAUUAAACUGAACCCAAGUGAUGUUUUGAAUUACCAAGAAAAGUAUGAAGAAUACAUCCGUGCAAAGAAGUUAUGGUUCUUUGCCUCCUCGGAAGACUCGGCUGUCAGAAAAGCUCUCUAUCGGCUCCUGAUAGUUUGUCUAGAGAAGCAGCCAGCUUCGGUUCAGAGCUCGUUAAAUAUGAUUAGUAUUGGUUUAAUUGAAAAGGGUCUGUCAGCAUCCCAGUCUACAUCUUCUUUGCAACUCUUGCAGGCCUUGGAAAGCUUGACACGUCAGUUCCCAGAAGUUUGGAAAUCAACUCGGAAGGGGGUGUUGGCUUUCAGUCAACUGCGCAAAUUCAUUCAAAGAGGUUCUCAAGGCGCCCCUGCAGUCUACUGGUCAUCGCUGCAAAUCCUUCUGGCCGCUAUGCCAGGGGAUGUAUUACCCCCUGAUGACGAAGAAUGCCUAGCAUUCUUGACCGAAUAUCGGACUGCGAUACAAGCACGCGAAGAAGCAAAACAGAAUGGAGAGGCAGCCUGGUUGAGUUAUUUCGGUGCUGUGGAAAUCUUGGUGCGAAUGCGGCCACAAUCAACUUUCCAUGGAGUUCUGUUUCGAAAUGCUGUAUUACCAGUCUUGGAAGGAUAUUUCCAUGGAACCCAAGAUCGCAUUCCUGUUACUACACCAGCAAUGGGAAAAGCCUACCAUGUCUGGGCUUCAGCCCAAGGCUUGGCACCCCAAGAUGGAGUGUCUUUCUCGUUGCAAAAGCUAGCCAGUGCAUUUAUUGCAGAGUCUCAAACCUCUAUCCACAUCCAACCACACAAUUCCGGAUCAUACCGUGAAGGCCAAAAGAAAAUUAUCACAGAAGGUCAUCGCUGGUUCUCUUUGCUAGCAGAAGCGGCCAAAUCAAGUGAUUCGGAGACAAUUGUGAGCCCAUUGAUCAAUUCAACCUCUGGAAUUCUCAGUUCUGCCAUCAAAGUUGUUGCCAGUGAGGAAGGGCGUCCGUAUUCAGCAGCCGCUAUGGUCGAAAUAUCCGUGAGACUCACACCCAAAGUGGUUGCAGCAUCACCAGAGCUUUGUGGCUCCAUCAAGACUUUGAUCCACUCAAACCUUCCUCAGCUCAAGAUUGUUCUCUCCCCCUCUUCAAGGUAUCUCGUGUCAACGCUUUUCAUAAUUCGUUCUUUGCCAGAUCAAGAAAAGUUCUUUGAAAGUGUAUGGAAACGCACCAUUGAUAUUCUCUCUUCGAAUACCUCAAACCCUCUAUGUUGGAAUGGGGUAGGAGCUUUAAUUGCAAACGACACAGUUUCAAAGAUUUCCAAGUCGAAUUCUGUCCUUCAAAAGCUCCUAUUGGACGCCAAUCUAAAUGCCUUGAACGGAGUGACAGAAGCUUGGUCAUUGUUUGAGACGGCGCUCGACUUCGACUGCUAUGCUGAUGAAUCUGCGGAGGCCUUGUUGAGUCAGAUACUGAAGGAGCUCAGUCCAACUAACAGCCCAGAACCGACACCUUCAACCCACGGUCAAUGGGAUCACGCCCUCGAGGCACUGGAAUAUAUCUCUGAGCGUAGACCAGGAAUAUUGAGCAAAGCAAAGAAUAGCCAUCUAAUGAUAACCACCAUGUUACUAGAGAUCAUGGAAAUAUCUGAUCCCGAACUUGCCUCCCGUGCCUUGGCCGUUAAGACGGUUGUAGAAAAAGCAAACCACACACCGGGACAGGUUGAUCAUUAUUCAUCGCUCGAUGUAAUACGAUGGAACCUUGAACUUGAGCCCAAUAGCCCAAGGAUUUUACAGUAUGUUUGUAGAAUAUCUCCAAUCUGUCCAUUUACUGACGAAUCAUAUCAGAAUUGAGACGCUCGUGCAGCAGGCAAAGGAUUUUGAGGCUUCCAAUCCAGAGCUCGCUCCAGCGACCGCUUUCUUUCCGGAUUCUGAGAAGUGGAUAUCAGCUCUUUCUCCCACUCUAACCUUGGGACCUAGCCCUGCGCUUGGAGUUAUGAGACCUUUUGGUGGAGCAGCUUUACUUGCUUCGGUAUUGUCCGGUGCAGAAGAUUCGGUCCCCAUGCGUGGCUUGAAAACUUUUCCAAUUGCUUUACGAAUGGCCCUUUAUACAUCAAAUUUGGUAAGUGAUAAUGGGCUGUUUUUGCGGCUCCCAGCGAAUCGUAUCUUGGAUAUUUUACAUUCCCAUUUGCUCACUGCGGAAGUGGUCAAUGAUAAACUGGAUCUCCUCAUUCCGGGAGAGUCAAUCGAGGGGUUCGCAGAAGAGGAAGAUGAGUUUGAUGAACUGCGAGCCUUCGCAUCUCAUAUGCAUUUGGGCACAACAAUUACUGGUGCAAGAAACUGGCAGAGUACAAAUUCUUCCUUGGAAAACAAUAACGAUACAUCCAGCAUCGUCAAUGCACUAAUCAAUAAACUUAUUGAGACUUCAAACACUAGCCAAACCCGAUAUUAUGGAUCGAAGGCACUCGGGCAUCUUGUUAGUUCGCUGGUUAGUGCCCAUGGUUGGGACAUUCCAAGAGGGGAUGCUUGGCUUUCAGGUCUGAACAUCUUCUCUGCUGGCACAUCGAACACUUUUGCAGCUGCAGCAAUCUUGACGGCUCUAGAAAGCAACAUUGCAAAUAAUCAAAUGAUAAAGACACUCUGCAACCGUCUGAUCAGCGAUGUAGCCGGCGUAUCCGCAACUUCAGCAAAAACAUUUGGAAUCGUGGUUCUUUUGAACGCAACUCUGUCGGUUUACUCUGAGGAGGAAAUACCAGUGGCGAAAAAUCGCCUGAUCUUUGCUGUUAAGCAGAUUUUGUCAUGGGCGCCAAGUCUAGCGAACACAAAUGCUUCUUUGGCCUCAGAAUCUUGUCGGGCAUUGCAGGUUCUUCUGCCUUCCAUUAAAGACGUUUAUGGAUCAUAUUGGGAAACAGCGAUUGGAUUCUGUCUUUCGAUAUGGGAAUCUAACCAAGAUGGCACGCUUUCAGAUGAACACAUACCAAUGACAGGAAUGAGUCUUAAGCUAUAUUCUAUUUUGCGAAAACUGGAUGAAGCAAAUGAUGACCUAGAUGAAACUCUGCAGGAUCAGAAAGAAGCCAUUUCGUUUGCAUUGGUUGAACUACUGAAACUGCGUCGACCACGCGAACACAAGCCACUAGAAUUCGUGGACACUCUUUUGUUAAGGCUACUACGUGAUGUUCCACAUGAUCACCUUGGGGAUCUUUCAGAGCUCUAUCCUCUUCUUGCAUCAGAAAACCGCAAUCUGCAAUCUGCAGCCUACGAUCUCCUUCGCCGAGCCCUAUCUCAAGCUCAGCAGCAGAUAUCUGUUGAUAUUCUGCUAGAGAAGAAACGUAAGUAUAUACACCGGAAUCUGUGCGCAGUAACUAACGAGAACCAGAUGCUCGUCUACCCGAUGAGCUUUUAUCGCUACUCCUGGAUGCACCUUCAAUUGCCGCCUAUUCUGACGAGAUGUUGGAACUUUUCCCAAUUCCAAUCCGAGGAUAUCUGCUGUCGUGGCAACUUGUCUUUGAGUCCUUCGACAACGCUUCCCUCAAAGUCCGAACCGAUUAUACUAAUCUCCUGAACUCUGGAAACUACCUGGGGCCAUUACUAAAUCUCAUCACUGACCUCUUCCAAAACUUGAGCAGCAAAUCUGGAGACUUGAGUAAAACGCUCUUCGACCCAGCUACAAUCCCCACGUACGAGCUAUGGAUGGCAAUCGACUCCGAGUCCCCCAAACGCGACAUCUGCUGGCUGCUGGGACAUCUCUACUACAGCUGUCUCAAAUUUGUCCCCAGCCUCGCGCGAAACUGGUGGUCCGACUGUCCUUCUCGGCAACUGAAACUCUGGGUCAACAAAUGGACAGAAAAAGUCUUUUCGCCCAUCCUCAUCCAAGAAGUCAAGAACGAGGUGAUGAAAUGGGCGGAAGAACAAGAUACCGAGGAUGACGAGAAGAAGCCUCUGAUUAUCAAGUCUUCCAGUAAACUACCGGAGAUUAAUGCGGGCUAUGAGAUUGAUGAUAUGAUUAUGCAGAUUGUUGUUUCGCUGCCGGUGGAUUAUCCAUUGCAGGGUGUGGAGGUGAGGGGCGUGAAUCGGGUGGCUUUUAAUGAGAAGACAUGGAGGGCUUGGCAGGUUAUUUGUCAGGGGGUUAUGAGGCAUAGUGUAUGUUCCCUUCUCUUCCAUUCCCCCUUCCCUCUACCCCCUCCCUAAAACUCCCUUCCUACCCCCAAUCCCCCCUACUUACCCCUAACUAACUCCACAGACCCUCCCCGACGGCCUAACCCUCUUCCGCGACAACCUCGCCCUUGCCAUGGCCGGCAAAACCGAAUGCGCCAUCUGCUAUUCUAUCUUAGCCGCCGAUAAAAAACUCCCCGACAAGACGUGUGGGACCUGCAAGAAUACUUUCCAUGCGUAUUGUUUGUAUAAGUGGUUUCAUAGCAGUAAUCAGAGUACGUGUCCCCUUUGCAGGAAUACUUUUACUUAUGGAGAGGGAGGACGGGGAAGGGAGAGGGGGUAGUGGAUAUAGGGGAAAAGACGGGGGAAGGGAAGGGAAGGGGAAGGGGGAUGAAUGA